AUGGAAGUAAUAAUAAUAUAUAUUUUCCUACUCAAUAUCCUAGUUAGUGUUCACAGCUCCGUUGAGCUUGAACAAGAAUUCAAGAAGUGGAUGGUUGAACAUGGCCGAGUGUACAAAGAUGACGAGGAGAGGGCGGUGCGGUUUGCCGCGUUCAAAAAGAAGUGGUUAGAAAUCGAAGCUUUCAACUCAGGCCCGGACCGCGGCUACAAACUUGGCAUCAACCAGUUCUCAGAUGGCGGGCUUAAUCCUUCAUCAUGUUUCGUGAUGGAAACAAGGUCGAAUCAAAAUUCAAGGUUUCGUAAUGUAGCGCCGAGGAAUGAUAUAUAUAUCCCAGAUAGUUGGGACUGGAGAAGUCAUGGUGCAGUGACUCCUGUGAAGAACCAAUUUAAUUGUGGAAGUUGUUGGGCUUUCGCUGCUGUGGCCGCGUUGGAGGGCCUCAAUCAGAUCGCUUGGGAUAAUCUUGUCCCCCUUUCGGAGCAACAACUGAUAGACUGUGACAACAAGCCGGAUAGCUGCAAAACCGGGGGCCGGCCGGACAAGGCCUACCAAUUCGUCAUUGAUAACGAGGGAAUCGCGGCCGAGGACGAUUACCCGUACGCAAACCGCCACAAUCCCACGUGUAAUUGGGCAGAUUGGAGCUUUGAGAUAACAGAUUACGCGACGGUCAAACCAAACGACGAGGAAGCCCUGCGGCAGGCUGUGGCUGAUCGGCCGGUCUCAGCCGCGGUGGACGCCUCCAGUCCCGCGUUCAAAGACUAUCACGGCGGUUUGUACUCCGGGGAAGAUUGCGGGACAAAUCUGAGUCAUGCUGUCACUGUGGUCGGCUAUGGUGUGACUGACCAAGGGACAAAGUAUUGGACCCUGAAAAACUCGUGGGGAACGAAAUGGGGAGAGGGCGGGUACAUGAGGUUGAAACGGGACGUGCCUCAAAAGGAAGGGCUAUGUGGUAUAGCAAUGGACGCCUCUUACCCUAUUAUAGACAGAGACUAG